UACUACCAACACACCAUUUUGAAAUGCAAUUCUCUCUCUCUCUCAGUUACGUCAAUCUCCCAGAAUUAUUUGUCCAAGGUUUUUUUGAAGACAACAACUCAGACUCUGGUAGUCCAACAUAUAGUGAAGAAAGAAGUGAAUCAUUAGUAGAGUCAGUUUCCAUUCCAGCACUCUUUCCAGCUAACAAGUUUGACACUGAUGGUAGUUCUGAAUCCAACGAAAUACAUCCAGUAUUCUCUUACUGUCCCAAUUCCAUAGCGUCAUUCUUCUCACCAGCAAGGUCUAGUGUUUCCGAAAAUCCUUCCAUACGGGCUAAUGAACCAACAAGUCUAUCCAUUUCAUUGCUCUUCCCACCCACCAUGUCUGAGACGGAAACAAAUGAUAGUUGUUCAGGAUUUGAUGAAGCAGUAGAAGCACGAUUCUCUUAUUCCAUAGUGUCAUUCUUCCCACCAGCCAAGUCUCAAACAGACAGUGUUUCCGAAAAUGAUGAUAUAAAUCCAACUGAUCCUUCCAUACCAGCAUCAGCAAGGCCUACAAGACGCACAAUCCAAACAACAAGCUUCAGAGAUCCUUUCAGAUUAUUGAGGCAAUUCUUGAGGCAAUCGUGGGUUAGAGAAUUCUCAGGUAGAGAGAGAAAACGUGGUUCAAAUCGAGGAGUCAAUGACAGUGCAAAUAACUCAACACAUGGACGGGAGGCUGAGAGUGUAAAGUUCAAUAUAGAGGAAAUCCUCAAGGCCACGGGGAAUUUCUCUCCCCCUUUUAAGAUUGGACAAGGUGGGUUUGGAACAGUCUUCAAGGGGAGACUCAAAGAUGGAACCUUGGUUGCGGUAAAACGGGCUAAGAAGCUUGUAUAUGAUAAGCAUUUAGAAGUAGAAUUCCAGAGUGAGAUUCAAACUCUAGCGAAGGUGGAACAUUUGAAUCUUGUCAAGUUUUAUGGAUAUUUGGAGCACGGAGAUGAAAGGAUUGUUGUUGCGGAGUAUGUUCCCAAUGGAACCCUCAGAGAACAUUUGGAUUGUAUUCGAGGCAAUAUUCUGAGCCUUGCUGUACGGCUAGAUAUUGGAAUUGAUGUGGCCCAUGCCAUCACCUAUCUUCAUAUGUAUACAGAUCACACUAUCAUUCAUAGAGACAUAAAAUCUUCCAACAUUCUCCUCAAGGAAAACUUUAGAGCCAAGGAAACCGACUUUGGUUUCGCUAGACUAUCAGCUGACAGUGAUUCAGGUGUUACCCAUGUGUCUACCCAAGUAAAAGGAACUGCUGGCUACUUGGACCCAGAGUACCUCAGGACCUAUCAGCUUACUGAGAAAAGUGAUGUGUAUUCAUUUGGUGUGUUAUUGGUUGAACUAGUCACGGGCAGGCGUCCAAUCGAACCAAAACGAGAACUGAAGGAGCGGAUAACGGCAAAAUGGGCCAUGAAGAAGUUUACUGAUGGAGAAGCUAUUUCAACCUUGGACCCAAAGCUGGCAUGUGAUUCUGCAAAUAUAUUAGCCGUUGAUAAGAUUCUUGAACUAGCCUUACAAUGUUUGGCUCCACGUAGACAGAAUCGGCCUAGCAUGAGGAGGUGUGCAGAAAUCCUUUGGCGUAUCCGUAAAGAGUACAGAGAGGCAUUAACUUCACAUGUCAGUUCACUCUCAUCCUAUUCCAUGAGCACUUCAUUAAGAGAACAUUGAGAGAAAUAGUAUAAGAGAUCUCUAAGGUGAGAGUAGUGAGCAUCAACGAAGUUGAGUCUUCAAAUCAAGAUAGUUCGUGGUAGGAUGAAGCCUAUAAUCUUCAAGAAGGUUCAAUUGUUGCUAGAAUAUGGAAGAAAUUCUUUUAUAAUUUGUCCAUGAGAUUUGGCUUGUGUAUAGGAAAUUUAGUUUGAGAUGGGGAAGUUACUUUCUCCCCAACUUUGUGUGUAUUUCUUUUUGUUGAAUUGUGUUUAUUGUUUUAAUUCUUCUUGAAGGAAUCUGAGAACA